AUGGCGGGCAGGCCUGUUGUUGCAGCGUCAAGAAAGUGGCUGGAAGGGUUUCGAAAAUGGUAUUAUAAUGCUGCAGGAUUCAACAAGCUGGGUUUAAUGAGAGAUGACACAAUAUAUGAGACUGAAGAUGUCAAAGAAGCCAUAAGAAGGCUUCCCGAGAAUCUUUAUAAUGACAGGAUGUUUCAAAUUAAGAGAGCCCUGGACCUGAGCAUGAGGCAUCAGUGGACAAAAUAUGAGGAGGACAAAUUUUACCUUGAACCCUAUCUGAAAGAGGUUAUUCGGGAAAGGAAGGAGAAAGAAGAAUGGGCGAAGAAGAGAACUUGUGGUUGAGAUCUGUGCAUGU